ACUCCCCAAUACAUAAAUUACAUUAAUUUGUUAAAAUGUCAAUCCUUAAAGAAGCAUCCGAUGGCCCUGAGCCCAAAUGGAAGUCAGAAGAGAGCAUCCAUAAGCUACCGGAACAUAAACUGAUCACAUCCCAGGAAUGCAUGCAACUGAAGCGUGAGCUGGAAUCCGAGGGUCAGGAUGAGUUCGAGGUUAGUCCCAUGAUCCUGUGCCUCAUGCUGACCUUGUUGCUGUUCCUGAUCGGGUUCUGGAUCUGGUUAGUUUCGAGAAGCUGUCUCUUUUCGCAACCCGAGCAGGUUACGAAAAACAGCGAGGAUGAAAGCCGAGUUUCAGGCGGUUCAACUCCGAGAUACAAAAGCCACAAAGUUCGUUGCUUUGAUGAAGUGGCGGACUGGGAUGGUAAUCCCCUGAACUACAGCGCUUCCAAGCAGGGUAUUUUAAGGGCUAACUACUGUCAUCUAAUGGAUUUCAACCGAAGGUCGCAUGUUUCCUCAUCUCCAGGCUUAGGAACGGAGUUCGAAUCAUCACAAGGAGCUACCGAAUCAGUACAAAGAACUGAUGAAAAGGAAACGGAUCUUUCUACCAGUCAGCCUUUGGCUGGAUCACCACUAUCCUUCUGCAGUCCAAAAAGAAAAUACAGGAUCAAGUGGUCUAAACUUAUUGGGCGCAAUCGAAAAAAUCAGUCCGAAACUGAAAGUCCGCAAUGAUCAGCUAUUGAAAAAAUUAGUUUCCCUUGGUUAUAUUUCAAUUAAAAUUUACAUUUACAGAAA